GGCUGGGGAGCCGCUGGGCAGGGGACGGGCGGGCUCCAUGGCGCGGCGCGGCUUCCUGGGCGGCAGCGCCUAGCUCCUGUGAGAGACGCUUCCCCGCCGGGACCGAGCGGAGCUUGGCCGCGGCCGGUGCCGGGCGGAGCGGGGCCGCGUCUGCCGGGCGCGCCGGGGCUUGGGGCGGGCGGCGGCGGCGGCGGCCGGGGCACCUCCGCCUCUAUGAUGAAGCUGAAGCCGAACCAGACGCGGACCUACGACCGGGAGGGCUACAAGAAGCGGGCGGCGUGUUUGUGCUUCCGCAGCGAGCGGGAGGACGAGGUGCUGUUAGUGAGUAGUAGUCGGUACCCAGAUCAGUGGAUUGUACCAGGUGGAGGAAUGGAGCCAGAGGAGGAACCAGGAGGUGCUGCAGUCCGAGAGGUUUAUGAAGAGGCUGGAGUAAAGGGAAAACUAGGCAGACUGCUGGGGAUAUUUGAGCAGAACCAAGACCGGAAGCAUAGGACUUACGUUUAUGUUCUUACAGUGACUGAAAUAUUGGAAGACUGGGAGGAUUCAGUUAAUAUAGGAAGGAAAAGAGAAUGGUUUAAAGUAGAAGAUGCUAUCAAGGUUCUUCAGUGUCAUAAGCCUGUUCAUGCAGAAUACCUGGAAAAACUGAAACUGGGCUGCUCCCCAACCAAUGGGAAUUCUGUGGUCCCCAAUCUUCCUGAUAACAACUCUUUAUAUGUCACUUCUGCACAGACUUCUGGGUUGCCCUCUACUGUGAGAUAAAAAUUUGGAUUACCUUUUUACUCGUGCGCCAUCACAAGGUGGAGGAGGGGGGAAUGUAUUUGUGUUCACAUGCAGACAUCUUUGACUAUCAGUCCUCAGCAAAAUGUGUGAAUACAUCAUAACAUUCAGACACUAACUUUUUUCCUUUUAACAAUGUAAAAUAGUAUUUCAGCAAACUAAAGCCAUAUAUGGAAUUUUUUAAGAUGCCUUAAGUGGCCAUUUUUAAAAAAAAACUAUCAAUAUAAACUUACACAUCUGCUAAAAAUAAGACAUCUGGGUUAAGUGGAACUUAGUCCAGAUUUUGGUUUAAUCUUUUUUUGUCAGGUAGUCUUUAAAAAAAAUUUAGGGGGAAAAUUCUUGAACAAAUGGCAGUAAUGUUUCUCUUUUUUUGUAGUACUUGGCCAAAUAUGCAAGAAAUUCAUAAUUGUAGAAAGAGGUACAUGAAAACUGAAACAUACUGCCGCCCCCCUUCCCACCCAAUGAUCAUUAAGUGUUGCCUUCCUCUGAUAUCCUCGCAUUCAUUUUGCUGAGGGUGCGAUCCCAUAGUUUUCUAAGAUUGUUCAAUUAUUAAAAAUUAGCAUCAGUUUCUUCCAGUUCUGAGUCUCUUGUAGCUUCUGUGGCAUAGAAGAAUAAAGUAGUGUUUGGGAAGAAAAUUAUACCUAUAAGGGAACAACGUGGCUAGGUCGAAGUCCAUUAGCAAACUCCUAAACCUAGAGGAAAUGGCACUGUGGACUAGGAGAAGAAAGGGCUGGUAUUGACAUUUCAGAUAUACCAAAAUUUUUGUUAUCUUAUUAAUGACUAUGCUAAAUAUCCCAAUUAAAGUUGUAAUACUAAAAAUAUUUUUGAUCGUUCAAAAUAACUGCUUUUGCUCUCUGAAGUGAAAGUAGAGCUAAUGCUACAACUUAACUGGAGUAAACUUGGGACAGCAUCCUGUCAUAAUUACCAUUUCUCCCUCCCCCCUGUACCUGUCAACCAAAAAGGAUGGAAACUGAACUUAACCAUGGGUCCCAAACAUGUUCUUCCCACUGUGCCAUUAAGACAGUUUUCUACAAAGAAUGCCAUCUAGCUCAUGCAGAUACUUCUGGAAUUUUUAGGAUCUAAAUAUUAAUUCCAGCCACCUCUUCUUUCUGGGCAGAAAGCCAAAACUGAGGUUGGGGUAAACUUUGUGUCUUGUGAAGGCUGUUUUGGGUAAACUCAUUCUUUUACAUAGCAUUUGAACCCUUUGUAAAUAGUCCAACUGGUAAAUAGUGAGUGUAAAAUGGAAAGUAAAUGUAAUUUAAACAUUUUGUUACUCAAUACACAACUUCUACUUUUUUAGCACAAAUUGUGUAAAAUGCUGCUAUAAAUUAAACUUCUGCGUGCUGUUACACUUUUUUAGGAAAAUAUUGGUGCCACAAGUGAUCCUUUUUGAAAAAUGAGAUCUUUGUGCCAUAUAUAAAUGCAUUUAAACCAUGGAUAGUAAUGUUUGAGGUUUCACCUCAUGUAAACUGCUCUUUGAAGAGGCCAUAAGUACUACUGAUUAGAGAUGUCCCUGAACAUGAGCCAAAAAACAGAAGCUGCCUGAACUUUGAGGUGGGAUGUUUUUUAAAUCCCUAAAUCAGCACUAGCCCUAUGGUUCUAGUUCCAGGUCUCUUCUAAAACCAGAAGAGCAGGCAUGUCUUCUGUGUAUAGUUUUGGAUGCACCACAAACUGGUGGAAUCAUCAUGAACAGUUGAUCUCAUGAGACUUCAGGUAUUUGAGGGCCAAAAUCUCAACAAUUCAUGAGAUUUUUAAACCCAUUUUAAUUCUUCUGAUCUAAACACCACCAACAUUGCCUAGCUUUUGUCCUGAAGGGCUUACAGAAUUGAAGAGAGACUUACUAACUAAAAUGUCUAGAAAGCUGAAGUCAGGUGCUUUGAAAAGAAUGUCUAAUGUACAAUGACAGAAUGGUUUAAUGGUAAUAGAAACAUCAGAUUUUUAAGUUGAUCUAAUCUCUUUUUGAAACUGAACCAUUUAAUGUUUCAGUCAUAUACAUUGACACUCAUUUAGUCAUUAACACAUUAAACUGAGCUCAUAACUGUGAGCCUUUUGAGAAGUUUCUUUUGAUUAUACAACAUAUAAUCCAUGAAACUACAUACAAAAGUUCAAAGUAGUUACUUAGAAGCAGUUAUGAACUAGAAGCCAUCUCAAAACAGUUUCAGAUUCCUGGAAUUAAAAGAAAACUCAUACUUGUAUAAGAUAUUAGUGGUAAUGCAUGAUCUUAUUUUGUAGCUCUCUAUGUAUUUGAUAACUGUGUAAAAAUGUACAGAAUUGCUGUUGCUAACAAACUGUUGAUUGCCUAUAAAUAUUUUAAUAUUUUGGUUGCACACAUUUGGACUGUUAAUAGUGCCACAUGAAUUCUUAAAUGCCAUUUGUUGUACAGAUCUCUUCAGUCUCUAUGCAGCUUUCAAAAUGAAGCCCUGUAUUGUUCAAUUUGAUUUCCUAUGCUUUUCUAUUCACAGAACUUUGAAGUAUGUGACAGUAAAGGUAAACUGACAAUACUGUGCAGGCUCUUGGUUUAAGUAUGCUACAGGAAACCAUGCUAGCAAAUUCCUUUUGUAUGUUUGAGUCUUUUAACAGUCUAAGUGAACACUAAAGUUAAAUUCUACAGAAAUGGAUGGUGUAAAACUUUGGGAUAAGGAGGAUAAAAUUUUGCAUCAGCUCCUGCUGUCAAGAUUAUAUAUAGAAGCAUGUUACUGCCAGCAGUUUCCUCAUGUUCUUACAAAGGUUUCCAGUUUGGUUUAUGAAGUAACUAGUGGUGGUUUUAUAGCUUACUGUGAUGCAUUAUUUGUGCAAAUAGGACUAGAAUUUACAUUUUUAAUCCCCAUCCCAGUGAGCUGCUGGCAGCUCUGAUGCUUGCCUGGCUGUGGGAACAGAAAAAGGAAUCUGAUUUGCAUCAAUGGUUUUCCUGUAGCAGCCAUGGUUUGGGAUCAUCAUGACCCAAGAUGAAAUAGAUGAUAUUGCCAAUGGAAAUAGCUUCAGUUCCUCCUGAAACAGAAGUUGUUACACUAAAUACCUACUUAAAAAUUGAUGUUUUAACACUGCAAAAGUAUCAAGUGUAUUGCACAGAGACUCUUAAAAGUGAAAAGCAUAAUUUGGUGACUUACUGCACACUAACUUUGCCUGAAGUUGGCCUAUUGACAAGUCCCUGUGGAGAAAAUCAAAAGGAAAAACCAAGUUGGUUUGUUUAUCAACAUGGUUCUGAAGAGAAAUUUGAAGGAAAAUCCCCUAACAAAUUGUAAACAUUUUGAACUGCUUGCAUGGGUUUUCUUUAAAGAUUGAUGUAAGAAUUUUGACUUUUUAUAUUUGAGAUAAAUAUCAAUAAAAUCUGAACUAGU